AUGGCAGCGACGUUUAAGCCUCGCUUAGAAUUGGACCUCUCGGAUGCUGGGUCUCAAGGCCAGAAUCACCACAGCCGUUAUUGCGGCGGAUACCAGUGUAUUAAGACUAAUGGCACUUUAGCUCGUUCUUUCUCAGCAGAGGACGGCCAAAUGGCGAUUGCGAGUAGGGGAAGUAAAGUGGAGCAUAAUAAAGAAGACGAUGUGGAUGAUGCAUCACCACAGUUGGAGGACGUGGAAGCACUACUUAGAGGGUAUUCCCACUCCCAUAAAGCGGACGAUGAGGACGAAGAGCUGGAAGAGGGUGAUGCUGCAAAUGCUGGUGACGAAGACGAAGAUGAUGACGACAAUGCGAUGAAUGGAUCCUCGCCUAUUCUCCUCUCUGAAUGUCCAGAAUUUCAAGCCUACCUACAACCCCUACAAGUAUCCAGCCAAGAAGGCGAUCCAACAUUAAACGAUGCAGAUGAAAUAGUCUUUGGAUUUGUGCCUCGAAAGAAUGGAAAAUUGUCACCUCGAAAUAAGGAUGAGAAGGACGAAGAGGGUGCCUUGUGGGAGCUUAUUGAAGCUGAAGCAGAGGCCCUGUGUUUAUCUGAGCAAGGUUUAGCCUGUUGCCAACGCAACGCCGUGAUUCAGUCUCCCGUUAAAAGGACUUCCAGCCACAAAUUCUCCAAGGGCGCCAAACAGCUAACGACUGGUGGAGUUGCAGCUCUCAUGAAUUGUGCGGCGACGGAGAUGAGUCGCCUUCGAGUUGGUGCCGCGGUGGUGAGAAGAGCACAAUCCAUAGAGGCGUCAAGAUCACCUGAGACCCCUCCAACACCACCAUCGCCACCAUCACCACCACCGAAACCAAAAGUACCAACUCAGUUGCGAGCACAACAGCGCCAGGAGAAGACCAGAAGCACCACGGGAACCUUAGCUAGCCUUCUUCACAUUCAACUGGCUCAAAUCAACCGGAUGUCUGAAGCCGUGAGGAUUGAGGGGCGAUUGCUCAGGAUGAGCUAUUCACUUUCCGGAGUCAAAGCAAACAAGUGGGCAAAGGCAGUUCUUCUUCUUGAGAAGCAGUUCAGCAACCAGCUAGCACACGAGAGGGCGUUGCUAGAGUUGCUGGAAUUGGAACACAAUCGUGUCAGAUCGGAGGUGAAGAUUGCGGAAAGGAAAUACGGAUCUGCUCCGUCAGACCUUGUAAACCAAUUACGACACCUUAAAGAGCGUCUGGAACAACAGAAGACCCUCAUCGAUGAUCUGGAAUACCAGUAUCUUGAAGACAAAACCAAGUACGAGGAGGAGAAGGAGAGUUUGAUGGCUCAGUUGAAAUUACAGGAGGAGACGUCCACCGAAGGCUCUCCAGUAAUCACCACCCCUGAAAAGGCAAAAUCGACUGUUUUGAGGGAGAAAAGUCCCGAGGACGCCUAUACCUAUCCAACUGCAGCAUUUCCUUCCAACCGGCCUCUACCCAAUAGUUCACCAAUAUACUCCUCCCCUGCCAAGGACUCUCCUGUGCAUUUCUGUGGUGGAUCACUAGAUCCAAUGAACAAUGACCAUCGAGGGGAUCACUUCUUUGUCGACAACGUCAAUUCAUCCAAUUGCAAUUCAGUGAUGAAUGGUGUCCCACCUCCCCUGGAAGAAGAUUCAAAUCGUGUCGCUAAACCUGAUUCUCGAAUCACCGACUGCAGCAGGGACGAUGAUUUUGCCCACUUCCCACCUUCCCUCAUCUCUACCGGCUCACCCAUGCGACAUCCUCGAAGCAAUCUGGCGGUGAUGGAUUACAAGAUCUCUCUCCCAACCAAUACAGCUCCUGUCUUUCACCAGCAAAAUGGCUGUAGUUUUGACGAGACUCAUUUCUCCGAAAGAGAAAAUUUUACUGGUUCUCCACAAACAAGUUCCUCGUUGCCUGGAGGUCUGAAUCCCCACGUAGCGGCAACUUCUUCCAAUUCCUCCCUUCUUCCUAUUGGGAAUGAACUCCAUCAAUCUUCGUGCACUUCCUCUUCCAACAAUAUCUUUCACGCUGUUCCACCUCUAUUUCCCUCCACGAAUCUAAGGGGAGAUCAACAACAGUGGAUUCGUGAGGAAUCGCUACCAAUUCAUUGCUCUGACGAGGUCUACAUUCGACAUCGUCAAAGGACCUCUUCUGUGGCUACACGAAAAAUAUGGCAGGAUGGUGAGGCACGUCCGUUGACUCGUUACUUGCCAGUGCCCGAUGACAUCUCCUUUGACCUUCGACACCACCUUGAAGUGACCUGCGGCCACAUCCUCUGUUCGCCCCUUCUGAUGCCCCAUUUGCAUGUCGAUGCAACAACCUGUGCUGGCUACCUGUACAAAGUCGAUUCUCGUGUCACCUCCGCGCCCACCACCAAUAACGCUGACAACUCAUUGCUUGAGGGAUUGUCUUCUGAUAUCAGCACUGUCUCCUCUUCUACCUUCUUCUCACCGGCUACAAGAAGGGCAAGACAAAGGGCCCCGCGUGUCACGUCGCCAAGUGGUGGUUUUAUGGCGGCGCUCUUCCAUCGCAGUCGGCGUGGUAAGCGACGCUGGUUCGUCCUUGAUCGUAGGCGUCGACUACUGAUCUACUACUCCAGUCAUACCUCCAAGUCUUCUAAUGCGGCCUCUCUCAUGAAGCCUAAAGACGUGAUCAGUUUCACAGACAUAAUCGACGUCUACCCUGAUCAACGGGCACGGAAGAGCAAUAACACGAGUUUCUGCCUCCUUCUGGUGGCCUCAUGUCCCCCUCCUCCGUCUCUAGCCUCGCCGCAGAGUCGCCCGCAGCCAACACGGACGCGAAUCCUAUCAUUGGCUGCGCCCUCGCCUGAGGCCAUGAGAGUGUGGGUGGACGCCCUCUUCACUUGCGCCGGCGCAUAUCUCUGCCUCCCCAAUUCCCACCGUUCGCGCCACAGUGGGGUAGAUGGGGAAAGAUAG